AUUAGUUCCUGGCUCUAUAUUAAGAGAUACUGCACUGUUCAGGGACAGUGUGGAACCAUUCAAUUAGUGCAUCAUUGACAUCUCGCCGGUGGAAAAAAAGUUUAACUGAAGAGUGGUAAUUGUUAUUAAUACAGUAACAUAUACAUCAAGUAUGGGAGAUAUUUGUGACGAGCAGAGCCGUGUGCUCACCAUGAAAACCAUAAAUCCACGAGCAGUAGAGAUGGAAUAUGCUGUAAGAGGACCCAUCGUGACUCGCUCAGUCAGUCUUAUGAAAGAACUUGAAGCUGGUGCUCAGAAACCAUUUUCGAAAGUGCUACAAGCCAAUAUUGGUGACUGUCAUGCUACUGGUCAAAACCCGAUCACAUUUAUACGUCAAGUUGUCGCAGCAUGUGUAUGUCCAGAUAUGAUGGACUCGUGUAACUUUCCCGAUGAUGUAAAAAAUAAAGCACGCAGAAUACUACAGGGAUGUAAAGGGAAGAGUGUUGGCUCAUAUAGUGCUUCACCUGGUGUUGAAGUUAUUCGACAAGAUAUUGCUAACUACAUCACAAAGAGAGAUGGACAGAAAGCUAGUUCUGAUGAUAUAAUACUGUGCACUGGUGCUAGUGAUGGUAUAAAAACAAUCCUCAAUCUCGUGAUGACAGGUAAGGACGGAUGUGAGAAGGCCGGAAUAAUGAUACCAGUACCCCAGUAUCCACUGUAUACGGCAACCCUCACUGAAUACAAUGCCCAUCCAAUCCCGUACUAUCUCAAUGAAGAAAACAUGUGGAGUCUGGAUGUAAGUGAGUUAGAGAGAGCCUUUAAAGAUGCCAAAGGUAAAUGUGUACCGAGGGCUAUAUGUGUGAUAAAUCCCGGAAAUCCGACAGGGCAGGUUCUCACUAGAAAGAAUAUAGAGGACAUAAUUAGGUUUGCCAAUGAACACAAGUUGAUGAUAUUAGCGGAUGAGGUUUAUCAACAUAACAUCUGGGCGAAGGGCUCGGCUUUCUUCUCCUUCAAGAAGGUUAUGACAGAGAUGGAGAAUGGUAAAUACAGCAAGACAGAGCUAGCCUCCUUUAUGUCAUGUUCUAAAGGUUAUAUGGGGGAGUGCGGGUUCCGAGGGGGAUAUGCAGAGGUCGUAAAUCUACUUCCUGACGUGAAAGCGAUUCUUCUUAAAUCAAUCUCGGCCAAGCUUUGUCCUCCCAUCUUGGGACAAGUUGUUAUGGACACUAUUGUAAACCCGCCACAACCUGGGGAACCGUCUCAUGAACUUUUUGAAAAAGAGAAGUCAGAAGUUCUGUCCCUUUUGAAGAGAAAAGCUGAAAUAGUCACACAGUUAUUCAACUCAAUUGAAGGUAUAAAAUGCAAUGAGGUGAUGGGGGCAAUGUAUGCAUUUCCACGUAUAUUUUUACCACCUAAGGCUGUAAAAGCUGCAGAGGCUCAAAAACAGUCUCCAGAUUUCUUCUACUGUAUGGACCUUCUUGAAACAACAGGGAUUUGUACGGUUCCAGGUUCGGGAUUUGGAGAGAAGCCAGGCACCUACCACUUUAGGAUCACUAUUCUUCCUAAACUUGAAGAAAUGCAAGCUGUGCUGGAAAAAUUCAAGGAGUUUCAUCUCAAUUUCUUGAAGAAAUACCAAUAGUGUGCUUAUCUUAAAG